AGCUCCAAGCAGUAUUCAAUUAAAAGUUGAUAAAUGAUUAAAUUGUUUUAUAUAAAUUUGUAAAUCAUUUUUUCUAGUCCAUAUUAUAGUUUUAUCUAACUCAACUAUUGCUUUUAAAAUUUCAAGUCAUUUAGAUUAAGGGAGGUCAAAGUUCAUGUACAGUGGAAGGGAAAAUAAUUUACAUUUUGGAAAUAUUACGAUUUCAAAUUUGAUUAUCCUAUUAUAAAGACUGAGCACAAUGAUUUUAUUAAAAUCAUUCAAGGUUAUGCAAAUGAGCCAAAGGCUUUAUAGUUGUGGUUUGAAAAAAGAUGUGGUUAUUAUAUCAGCAGUUAGAACACCCAUUGGUACGUUUUUGGGACCUUUUGGACCAUUAUCUGCCACACAACUUGGCGCAGUUGCAAUUGAAGCGGCUGUAGAAAGAGCUUGUAUCCCCAAAGACGAAAUUCAAGAAGUUUAUAUGGGUCAUGUUUGUCAGGGAGGAGCAGGACAAGCACCAGCAAGGCAAGCUGCUAUAUUUGCAGGGCUUCCAAAGUCAACAGUAUGCACAACAGUGAACAAAGUUUGUUCCUCCGGUAUGAAAUCAAUUAUGUUUGCCACACAAAGUCUUUUAUUAGGAGAUCAAGAUGUCAUACUAGCUGGUGGAAUGGAAUCUAUGUCAAAUGUACCAUAUUAUUUGAAAAGAGGCCAAACUCCAUAUGGAGGCGUAAAUCUUAGUGAUGGUAUAAUAGUUGAUGGUUUAUGGGAUGUCUAUAAUAAAUUUCAUAUGGGAAAUUGCGCAGAAAACACUGCAAAAAAACUAAAUAUUUCAAGAGAGGAACAAGACAAUUAUGCAAUUAAUAGUUAUAAGAGAAGCGCUGAAGCAUAUGAGAAAAAUGUAUUUGCUUCAGAGUUAGUUUCUGUUAAGGUGCCACAGAAAAAAGGACAACCGGAUGUAAUAGUUUCAAAUGAUCAAGAAUACAAACGAGUGAAUUUUGAAAAAUUUGGAAAACUCCCAACAGUGUUCCAGAGAGAAAAUGGGACUGUCACAGCAGGUAAUGCUUCAACUAUAAAUGAUGGGGCCGCAGCUUUAAUUCUCACAACAGCUGAAAAAGCGGCAGCAUUAAAUGCUAAACCUCUAGCAAGAGUCUUAGGUUACCAAGACGGUGAAUGUGAUCCUGUUGAUUUCCCUAUUGCACCAUCCAUACCAAUCCCAAAACUAUUAGAAAAAACUGGUGUAAAAAAAGAUGAUGUAUCCAUGUGGGAGAUAAAUGAGGCUUUUAGUGUUGUAGUACUAGCCAACCAGAAGAUUUUAGGACUGGAUCCCAACAAAGUUAAUAUACAUGGCGGUGCCGUAAGUUUAGGUCAUCCCAUUGGUAUGUCAGGGGCAAGACUUAUUGUUCAUUUGGUUCAUGCUCUGAAAAGUGGUGAAAAAGGAGUAGCGGCUAUUUGUAAUGGAGGUGGUGGAGCCUCUUCAAUGAUGAUUGAAAAAUUAGAUGACGAUCUGCUUCCUAACGAACUUCCUAAACUGACAUUAUUCACCAGAGAUCCAUGUCCUUUAUGUGAUGAACUAAAAUCAGAGCUAGCACCAUUUUUGGAAAGGGUCAAUUUUAAUACAGUUGAUAUAGCAAAAAAAGAAAAUGUUCGCUAUUUACGCUUGUAUAGAUACGAAAUUCCAGUAUUAUUUUUAAACGGUCAGUUUUUGUGUAAACAUAGAUUAGAUAAGAGAUUGUUGGAAGAGAGAUUGAAGGAUAUUGAGAGUAAAAUAGAGACUCGAUAAAAAGUAUUUUGUAAAAUAUUACACCAAAUGUUAAUUUUACAAAUAAAAGACUAUCAAUAAAAGUAUUUUAUUUAA